GACUAUGAUCAAAAACAGCUUCAGCAAAGCAUUGGAAAUGGCCAUGCAUGCUUGCAGUGACGUCGACUGUAAGGCUGAAAAUAUUAUACUUACAUUUGUCAAAGAAUCUAAUGGAAAAAUUAAAAGGAAGCCUCCAUGGUUCUGGUCAUCUAUAAACAGAGGUUACAUCAGGCACAAGAGAUUACCUACAGACAAAGAUGCCUCUGAAGAAACAUUUCAUAUGUCAAGACCAUAUAUCACUGCUUCUCCAGAGUUUUCGUCUGGAGAUGACUUUAUUCCCGUUUCAGAAUCAACUGGAGAUGAUUUACCUUUUGUCCCAGGGGUUUCUGGAAAAGACUUGACUGCUGCUUCGAAGUUAACUGAGAAUAACUUUACUCCCACUUCACAGUGGAAUGAUAUGAGUACUACUCCGGAAUUAUCUGCAGACAACAUUACUCCUGCUCCAGAAAUAUUAGGAAAUUACUUAAGAACUACUCCAGAAGUUUCUGAAAAUUACUUGACAGCUGGUUCUGAUUUACCUGGGAACGACUUUACUCCUGCCCUAAGGUUCUCUGGUAAUGACGUCAAUGCUGGUAAAGAGAUCAACGAUAAUGACAUAACUACUGAUCCGAAAUUAUUUCAAAAUUAUUUUACUUCUUCUUCAAAACUAACUCAUACUCCAGGAUUACCUGAUAAUGUCUUGACCACAGUUCCAGAAUCAUCUGAAAAUGUAUCCACUCCUUCUCCACGGUUAUCUGGUAAUAGCUUAACUGGUGCCCCAGAGCUAUCUGGGAAUGGUGUAACUACUGCUCCAAAGUCAUCUGGCCAUAGCGGAGGCAGAAACAUGAUUAGACAUCGACUUUUGACGCUUCGGUUCGAUCUCGUCGUAAGUGCCAGGAACGCAAAUGCAGACGAGGCGAGUGCAAUACUCAGUUCCGUAGUGCAGAGGACGUCAAGACCGCUGUACAACUCGUCUGAAGAGUUCCCCCUUCAUGACUUCAAAAUAUUAGACAUGGCGGUGCAGUGCCAGGCUGGCUUCACCCAUGCCAAGAAGUAUCAUGGAAGAUGUGUUGCCUGUGGUGUGGGAACUUUUCACAAGAAAAAUCAGGACCUGUGUAUGCCUUGCCCCAAAGGCAAAUAUCAAACAAUCGAGGGACAGACGUCUUGCAUAGCAUGUCCCCCGGGGACCUCCACUCUCGGCAAUGGGACCAAAACCUUAGCUAGAUGUAUGGACGCUUGUAAGCCUCAUGAAUAUUCAUCAACGGGACUACAGCCAUGUUUUAGAUGUCCAGGAGGGACCAUCCAACCUCGCGAGGGAAGCACGUUCUGUCAUUUAUGUCCUCUUGGGACAAUAAACCACAAGGUCACCAAAGAACCUAUGUGUAUUCCUAGGGAAUACUGUAACCAGAUCCAGGGUGGGUGCGAUCAUAUCUGUGAGACGAUAAAGGGAGGCAGCACGUGCAUCUGCAAGAACGAUUACAUACUUCAGGCAGACGGCUUCACGUGCGCCAAGCUGACGUAUAAAGGAUAAUCCAAUUGGUACCUGGAUCAGGCGAGAGUUCAUCUAGAGGUCACAUAAUAUAGGAAGCGUCACUUUUCCAUAACAGAAUUUGUCUUGACUUUUUUACUUUUGCUGUACAGAAUUUCAGUUUAUUUUGAUUAUAUGCCUAAUGCGUAUGCAUGUUUUUUAAAUAUUAUAUAAGAUAAAACUCAGCUGCAUAUAUGUAUUAUAGGUUUGGCUUCUAUUGACUGAAGUGAUAACAUUGUAUGUUUUUAGACAUUUGUAUAUUUUAUACUUUACGAAACAGUCGAAGUAACGUAAACAGAAUUCCUCAAAUAAUGUUCAUUAAAUAUUUUAAAAACUAUUUUUAAAUAAAUGAUAUGGCAAUAGUAUUUA